GACUUUCGAACUGCUCGGGUCCCAAUGCGCCACGGACACCGAAAGCGACUCGACGUCCCAAAGCGUGGCAAGGCAGCUCUUUGGGCAGAGAUCCAAGGCAGCUUCAGGGGUCUGCGGUGCAUGUCUUUUGGUCGCCCCCUUCUGGAAAGAUGGCCAGGGAACGGAGGUGCUCCGCGGCCGUAGCGCCUUCAAGCGUGGGCAACGUGGACGUCGAUGGCACGGGUCACCGGAAUAUCGAGGCAAGUAUGGGACCAUGUGGUUGCCAGCCCGAAGACGGAGACAGCUCCGCAACCAAACGCGGGAGGAUGCGGCCGAGCAUCUGGAACCUCUGUGGGAGAUGGAGGGCGUCCAAGAUGAAAUGGAGGAAGAUGAAGACCUGGAGGUCGAGGCAUCUGAGGCAUCUGAGGUGGGGUCCCAUGGGAGCGACAUGCAGAAUAUGCAGAGCUUCCACGAUGAAUCGACGGAAACGGAAUCUUCGUGGUCCUUCUUUUCCUGCGACGCGGGGUCUUGCUCCACGGCAUCUCCAAGGCUGCGGCGCGCUGGCAGUGGAGGGAAGAUCCCAACCAAGGAGCGCACCAGAUGGGAACUGGCGCUGUUAGUAGCGGAGCUGAACGCUGGCAUCUAUGCGGCCUACCUCCAGCAGCAUGGAUUGCCAAGCAUGCCGAUGCAGGCUAAGAAGCGGAGAAUGCCAAGGCAGAGGCAGAGUGAGAGGAGGACCAUCGAAAGACAGCUGCUUCGGGAGUGCCAGACCACUGUCGUCUGGGGUGCGCAGGUGCCGGAAGGAAAAAAGAAACAUAACAAGCAGACUAAGCAGACACCGACCAUCCAGCGCUUCGAGCACUUCCGCAAGAGAUUUCUGGAGGAGCAUGGUCUCAAUUUUUGCACCCACUUGCAUUCUUCCUUUGGCGGCCCACUGUUUCUAAAACCCACGCCUCUUGCUGAAGGUGUGCAGCAGAAAUUCUUGACGGCGACGGAGGAGUUGGAGGGCAAAUUGAUUCCAACAUACCAUGGCACUUCUGAACACAACCUCCCAUCCAUCUUCCAGCGCGGGCUGCUGGUCCCGUAUGAAGCGAACAACGGCAUCCGGGUGGCCAACGGAAGUGCUCACGGCGUGGGUAUCUACACAGCCAGCAUGGAGUCGCCCCAGCUGUCCUUGGGCUUCAUCCGACCAUCGUCCAGGGCGCGGCAGCUGUUGGUCUGUGGCGUGCUGGACGAUGCGGUCCAAAGCGGAGAGCUGAAGAGCUUCGGAGCGUUGACGGUGAAGGCUGAGUCCGAAGCCGUAAGGCAUGUUGGGAACGCAGUGGUAAUCUUCGACAGCAGACGUGUAGCACCGCUCUUCGUAGCGAGCACAAACACGUUGCCAGCUUCAAAGCCGCAGGUCCGCCGGCCUCCUCAUCGCCAUGUGGGGCCGCGAACCCGGCUGCGAAAGUCUCGAGACAAGAAUUGCCCAUUCAGUCUCCGUCAGGUACAACUCUUUGCGUUCCUUGCGCGGCGCGGUGCUUGCAAGAGGCGCACAUGA